GUGGACCACAGAAAGGGAAAAUCCAUUAGGGCACCAGGGGAAGGAGCCAGGAUGAUGUCACAAUCCAGGGGUCCCAGCUGGCUCACGGAGCUCCUGUGACCUUGCGGUCAACCCAUGACGCCACGCAGGUGGGGACGGAGACACCACGGGACACAGGGCCGAAGGAGGCUCCCCCGCUCAGGGCAGAGCUAGUCAUGUGGCCUGGCAGGUAUCCCCACCCUUCCCCUCUGCAGCAGGAAGAGGACAGCUGAACUUGCCCUAUCCCCAGAACGGUCUGGGGUCCCUUCUGGCUUCCUUGCAUCUGGGCACUGCAGCAGUGGCCGGGUGACCCACAGGGACACCCACGGCCUCAUCUGCCACUUGUCACUUGCCCCACUUGUUGGCAUUCUGCUCUGCUGCCCCGCCAGCGCCCCAGCCUGAGUGUCUCAGGACAGCCGCGCUGCAUAGUGCUGAGCACAGUAGUCACAAAGCGACAGCGCCUACACGUCCAGCAGCGGAGGACUGGUUCACAGAGCUGCCCUUCUCAGGGCAAGGUGGCUGGAAGUCACUGAAGAGUGAAGGCAUUGUCAUGGGAAUGGGGCCAAGUUUACUGUUAGGUGAAAAGGGAAUCGACAUGCUUGCCAGGCAGGCACUGUGGUGCUGAGCUACAUUCCCUGCCCUUUAUUGAAUUUCUUAGACUAGCCUGAGGGAAGAGAUCAAUGAAAGCAUUGAUUGAAUGAAUGAAUGAAGCCAAAGCAGCUGCAGGGAAGACAGGGAGCCAGGUGACCGUGGCAGCUCAGGCGGCCUUCGUCUUCGGGGACAAGGCCCUUGGAGCCGGGCUGGCACCGGCCUUCUGGGGUGAUCGAGCGGGGCAGUAUGCCAGCUUCCCAGAGCCGGGCCCGCGCCCGGGACCGCAACAAUGUCCUCAACCGGGCCGAGUUCCUGUCCCUGAGCCAGCCCCCCAAGGGGACCCCAGAGCCCCGAAGCUCGGCUAGGAAGGCCUCGGGGCCCUCGGCACAGCCUCCACCUGCCAGCGAGGGGUCCCGCGAGCGGCGCCAGUCCCAGCAGCUGCCCGAGGAGGACUGCAUGCAGCUGAACCCCUCCUUCAAGGGCAUCGCCUUCAACUCCCUGCUGGCCAUUGACAUCUGCAUGUCCAAGCGGCUGGGGGUGUGCGCCGGCCGUGCCGCAUCUUGGGCCAGCGCGCGCUCCAUGGUCAAGCUCAUCGGCAUCACGGGCCACGGCGUGCCCUGGAUCGGGGGCACCAUCCUCUGCCUGGUGAAGAGCAGCACGCUGGCGGGCCAGGAGGUGCUCAUGAACCUGCUCCUGGCCCUGCUUCUGGACAUCAUGACAGUGGCGGGCGUGCAGAAGCUCAUCAAGCGCCGCGGGCCAUACGAGACCAGCCCAAGCCUGCUGGACCACCUCACCAUGGACGUCUAUGCCUUCCCCGCCGGGCAUGCCAGCCGUGCCGCCAUGGUGUCCAAGUUCUUCCUCAGCCACCUGGUGCUGGCGGUGCCACUGCGCGUGCUGCUGGUGCUCUGGGCGCUGUGCGUGGGGCUGUCGCGCGUCAUGAUCGGCCGCCACCACAUCACAGACGUGCUCUCGGGCUUCGCCAUCGGCUACUUCCAGUUCCGCCUGGUGGAGCUGGUCUGGAUGUCCUCCAACACCUGCCAGAUGCUCAUCUCCGCCUGGUGAGGCUCCCGCCGCUGCUGCAGGCCUGAGAAGCAGGCUCCCCCGGGGACUCAAGGCUGGCAGUGCCCGCCCAGCCCUCUGCUGGGCUCUGGGGCUGCUCUCCAGGUGCUGGGGCCCAGCCUGGCUUGGCUUCCUCCUGGGGACAGCGCCUGAGACUAAGAUGACAGCAGGGGCUGGGUCUCGUCUGCACCACGUGGCCCCAGAUGUGGAUUCCUGACUGUGCCCACCACACUGCCAGCUGGGUCCAUGGCCACGGAGAGCCAUUGAGGGCUCAGGGUGCCCUCGGGACACCGGCCUGCAGUCCUGGGGUGUGGGCCACCACCCUGGGAGUGGCCACAGACUGCCCACGAUGGACACUGAAGCCUCUGACCAGUCCCGCCCAACCCUGUUUGGGCCUGCGUUUGCUAGACGGACCCGAGCACAGGCCCCUUUCCUGGAGGAUUCCCCCAUCCAGGCCAGGGAACUGCUACCCAGGCAGGGAUCAGGAUGGGAAUGGGGCGUCGGCCCCCAGGCCCAGCUCUGUGGGACCUGUCCACCAGCUGUAAACACAUGUGCACCUCCGUGAUAAUACAGGCGGCACACGGGCG